AUGGGCAUCGACAAUUUGCGCAGCGUGGCCCUCAUCUGCGCCAUGGACCACGCACGCCUUGGGCAGCUCCCAUGCACGUUCCGCUUCCUCGUGGAGUGGGGAGCCAACCGUGCACUUUCGCUCGUGUCGUGGCCAAACCAGACCCACACAACCGUCGUCUCCUUUCUCAACCAGCUGAGCCCCCGGGGCGGGCAGCGAUUCACUUUUUGGCACUUCUCUCAGACGGCAGCGCAAAGUCACUCUCUCCGGAUGAGCGCCGUUCCCCGGCUCGCGACUUUUGGUGGGGCAUUCUUCCCGUGGGUCGGUGGGUGGCACGAGUGGCGUGUUCAUGACAUCCCCGACUAUACCCAAAUUGUAGUCCACAUCUGGGGACCUGAGACCCCCGGCUACUGGCCCAAGGUCGUCGUCCCCGAUUCGGACAUCGGGAUUCUGGAAGAUAUCAUUACAGGGAUGCUACAACUCCCGCGCUUGUCGUGGUGUCUCGUUGGAGUCGAAACGAUACCGCCCACUCAGUUUGGCGGUCUGGAGAAGCUGUCCGACGACUGGGCUCUUCGGCGCGAGGUACUGCUGCACCGCUUCCGGACGAAAACUACAGCCAAUGUGAAGCUGUUAACGCGAGCCGAGUAUUGCAGAGAGUUUGGCGGGAAACGCUUCAUCCUCGAGUCGGGGCGCCCUGACACCACCGAUGACCCAGCCGACAUCGGGUCAGGCUUUGAUCUGGCAAGCCGCAGAUGGAGGCCGUAG